AGAGAAAAAAGAAAAGAAAAGAAAAAGAUUAGAAAGAAGAUAAAAAGCAUGAAAAAAAAAAUAUUGUGAAGCUCCACUGGGAAAAAGAUGGAAUUGAAAGACAAUUCCGCAGUGAGAGAUAAAGAAAAAGUAUGACAAAAUGGAAACCACAAAAUCAUUUUUUUUUGUUGUUAAAAGUACUUUCACCUUAGGUUCAAGUUUCGACCUUCUUGCAAGAAGAAAGAUACAUUUGCCUAUGAAGUGCAAACCCUUUUCAUCGGCAUGCAAAUUCUAGUUGCCGAGUCUGGUUGCUGCAGGCAGCUGGUGGACGUGAGUAUUCAGAUUUGACUAGCUAUUAAGCCUGAUAUGGUUGAUUAUGCAUGUACCCCAGAAGAAGUUCAGCAGCAUUUCCAGGCAUGUGGUACUGUGAAUCGAGUUACCAUCCUGACUGAUAAGUUUGGUCAACCUAAAGGUUUUGCGUAUGUGGAAUUCGUGGAACAAGAAGCUAUUCAGGAGGCGCUCCAGCUGAAUGAGUCAGAACUGCAUGGACGCCAGUUGAAGGUUAUGCCCAAGAGGACUAAUGUACCAGGGAUGAAACAGUUUCACCCUAGACGUUUCAGUCCUUAUCAACCUUACGGAUUCAGAAGGCCAUAUGCACCUGCCCCUUAUUUCUAUUCUCCUUAUGGAUAUGGGAAAGUUCCAAGAUUCAGGAGGGCUUCACGGUACAUGCCUUACUAUUAAACCAUGCGAUAUGCUGCUACAAAAUCUAAUUCAAGCAGUCACUUUAAUCAUAAAAGAUCAUGAUACUGUAUCAACUAGAUUUUGCUUGAGACAUUAUAGCCAUUGCCUAUCAUAAGUUUAGGUAUCCUUCAUCUGCAUGUGAUUUUUAGGGAAGUCCCUUCUGUAUUAGUAUUCUGGAAGCAUUUACCGAUUUGAUAAUACAUUUUACUUGGAGCA